AAUUUUUGUGUGAGUUGUGGAAACAAUUGUGUAUGCAAUUAUAAUAAUGAAUCAGGCUGAUGUUUCCAAGCUAAUAUCACAGCUGCGAAUUGCUGUGCGCCCCAAGGCUCGUAACUUAAAAAACAAGGAUGGGCCCGAGGGUCGUCUUUUGAAGCUUCGAAAAACAGUCACGGCGCUGGUAAAGCACGAGCGUAUUGAAUUGUAUUACAACCGGGCCGACGAGGCGCGUGGCUAUGCGGAACUGCUUAUUUCCAACGCCAUACGUCAUGGCGACCGACACAAAGCGACCAUGGAGCUGGCGGACUAUUGGUUGCUGGAGAAGCAGUUAGUUCACAAGUUGUUCAAGGUUUUGGUGCCUCGUUAUGAGAACUUCAAUGUCUCCUACACACGCAUGUACAAGGCGCCAAGGGAUUACCCGGGCAUGUACUAUAAAAAGUCAGUGUUAGAGUUGCGCGGCAAUCCUUACCCCGCUCUGACGCCAGACCUUUCACAAAACCGCAAUUUGCUGCACAAUGUAUUGUUGGAUGAGGCACGCAAAGAGUUCAAACGCGAACAGCUUGCCGAAUUGGCAAAUAAGCUUGCGGCGGAAUCGGGAACAAAAUCAACGACUACAACGUCGGUCACAUCAGAUAUGCCAAAAGAGCAGAAAACGGAAAAUGAAACUCCUACGACAGUCUGAUAUCUUAAAUAUGUUUCUUUAUUUGUUAGUAAGUAGUUUCAUAACUGCGUGAUUCAUUAAAAUAGUUGAAUGUAAUUUUGUAAACCUUUAAA